UGGGGCAGCCUCGGCUCCAGCUCCAUUUAACAUCUUGGCGGCUGAGAAGCCGCGGGUUGGAGGCCGACGUGCAGUAAGGUCAUGCUUCUCUGGGCUCCGAAUGAGACGGCAUCAUCCCCAGUGGUGGUGACGGGAUCGCAACUGCUCUCCUCGCAGCCUCGAGCGGAGUUAGAGCGGCCUUUGGGUGGAAUCGACAGAGAACAGGUCAUCGGGGCAAGGCUGAAGUCAAGCCCUCUGAGAUCAGGAGCCAUGGUUCUCCCAAAGACCUUCUGGUGCUUGGGCGUCUGGAUUGCCAUUAUCUUCUGCACUCGCUUACAGGUAAGAGCAGAGAAGUCUCCGGGGGCAUACUUCCUGCCUGAGUUUGCCCUUUCUCCCCAAGGAAGUUUUCUUGAAGACACGACGGGGGAACAGUUCCUCACUUACCGUUAUGAUGAUCAGACAUCAAGAAUCACACGGUCAGAUGAAGAUAAAGAUGGUGGUUGGGAUGCCUGGGGUGCUUGGAGUGAUUGUUCCCGGACCUGUGGUGGAGGAGCAUCCUACUCUCUGAGGAGAUGCUUGAAUGGAAGGAGCUGUGAAGGGCAGAAUAUCCGAUACAAAACCUGCAGCAAUAAUGACUGUCCUUCUGAUGCUGGUGAUUUCAGAGCUCAACAGUGUUCAGCCUACAAUGACGUCCAGUACCAAGGCCACUACUAUGAAUGGCUUCCUGUCUAUGAUGAUUCAGUGGCACCCUGUGCCCUUAAGUGCCAAGCUCGAGGGCAAAACCUGGUUGUGGAAUUGGCCCCCAAAGUCCUCGAUGGGACUCGCUGCAACAAAGAUUCCUUGGAUAUGUGUAUUAGUGGCAUUUGCCAGGCAAUAGGAUGUGAUCGACAGCUUGGGAGCAAUGCCAAGGAAGACAACUGUGGCGUCUGUGCGGGAGACGGAUCAACAUGCAGACUUGUGAGGGGACAGUCUAAGUCACAUGUUUCUCCUGAAAAAAGGGAAGAAAAUGUGAUUGCUGUUCCACUGGGGAGUCGAAGUGUGAGGAUUACUGUGAAAGGACCAGCACACCUCUUUAUUGAAUCAAAAACCCUUCAAGGAAGCAAAGGAGAGCACAGCUUUGCUGCCCCUGGAGUUUUUAUUAUAGAAAACACUACAGUUGAAUUUCUGAGGGGAUCUGAUAGGGAAACCUUUAAGAUUCCAGGACCUCUGGGAGCAGAUUUCAUCUUCAAGACCAGGUAUACUACCUCCAGAGACAGUGUGGUCCAAUUCUUCUUCUACCAACCUAUAAGUCAUCAAUGGAGACAAACUGACUUCUUUCCCUGCACUGUAACAUGCGGAGGAGGAUAUCAACUCAACUCUGCUGAAUGUGUGGAUGUUCGCCUGAAGCGGGUUGUCCCUGACCAUUAUUGUCACUACUACCCUGAGAACACAAAACCUAAGCCAAAACUGAAGGAAUGUAGCAUGGAUCCUUGCCCUUCAAGUGAUGGAUUUAAAGAGAUUAUGCCCUAUGACCACUUCCAGCCUCUCCCUCGCUGGGAACAUAAUCCUUGGACAGCAUGCUCGGUGUCCUGUGGAGGAGGUAUCCAAAGGCGGAGCUUUGUUUGUGUAGAGGAGUCCAUGCAUGGAGAGAUACUACAAGUGGAAGAGUGGAAAUGCAUGUAUGCCCCCAAACCCAAAGUGAUGCAAACUUGUAACCUCUUUGAUUGUCCCAAGUGGAUUGCUAUGGAGUGGUCUCAGUGCACAGUGACGUGUGGUCGAGGGUUAAGAUACCGAGUUGUCCUUUGUAUCAACCAUAAUGGACAACAUGUUGGGGGCUGCAAUCCACAGCUCAAGUUACACAUCAAAGAGGAAUGUAUCAUCCCAGUCCCAUGUUAUAAACCCAAAGAAAAAAAUCCAGUGGAAGCCAAAUUACCGUGGUUCAAACAAGCCCAGGAACUGGAAGAGACCAGAACAGCAGCAUCAGAAGAACCAACGUUUAUUCCUGAGCCUUGGUCACCCUGCAGCACCACCUGUGGACCAGGUAUCCAAGUCAGAGAGGUCAAAUGUCGGGUCCUGCUUACAUUCACUCAGACAGAAACAGAACUUCCUGAGGAAGAGUGUGAAAGCCCUAAGCCAUCCACAGAACGACCCUGCCUCCUUGAAGCAUGUGAUGAAGUCCCUGCGGCACGUGGACUAGAUUUCUCUCGGCAUGAAAAGGACAGUGAAAUGAUUUAUGAUUGGGAGUAUGUUGGUUUUACUCCUUGCUCAGCUACAUGCUUGGGAGGCAAACGAGAAGCUAUAGCCCGGUGUCUGCACAUCCAGACCCAGCAAGCUGUCAAUGACACACUGUGUGACAAGGCCCAUCGUCCCCCUGCAAUGACUCAGGCUUGCAACACGGAUCCCUGUCCUCCAAGGUGGCAAACAGGGUCCUGGAGGCCAUGCUCCGCAACCUGCGGUGUGGGAAUACAGACCCGAGACGUGUACUGCCUGCAGCCCGGGGAGCCCCUUGUCCCUUCUGAAGAGUGCAAAGAUGAAAAGCCUCAUGUUUUGCAAGCUUGCAAUCAGUUUGACUGUCCCCCUGGCUGGCACAUAGAGGAGUGGCAACAGUGUUCUAGGACCUGUGGUGGAGGAACUCAGUAUCGAAGAGUGACCUGUAGGCAGCUGCUGACGGAUGGCAGCUUUCUGAACCUGUCGGAUGAGUUGUGCCAAGAACCCAGAGCAUCAUCCCAUAAGUCUUGUGCCAGAACUGACUGUCCACCUCAGUUAGUUUUAGGAAAUUGGUCCAAGUGUUCUGUAAGUUGUGGUGUUGGGAUUCAGAGAAGGAAGCCCAUCUGUCAAAAGCUGACUGCCAAAGGUCGAAACGUCACGCUUAGCGGGUCACUGUGCAGUGGUCGGCUGAAUGCCCCUCUCGUGAGGUCUUGCCGGAUGGCAAUGUGUAAUAUGAUAAAGCCAGAAGUUAUGCCAAAAUAUGGUACCCAGGGUCCUCAGAUCCUUGGCAUCCAAAGAGUCUAUAUUCAAACAAGAGAAGAAAAACGUAUUAAUUUUACAAUAGGUGGAAGGGCCUAUCUACUUCCCAAAACCUCUGUGGUCAUCAAGUGCCCAGUAAGAAGGUUCCAAAAGUCUCUCAUCCGGUGGGAAAAAGAUGGACAGCGUUUGCAGAACUCCAAAAGACUUGGCAUAACCAAGUCAGGUUCAAUGAAGAUUCACAGCCUUGAAGCCAGUGAUAUUGGACUGUACCAGUGCAUUGCAGGGCCUGUGCAUGAAACAUUUGUUCUCAAGCUAAUUGGUACUGACAACCGACUCAUCGAGCCCCCAGCCUUCCAAGGUCACCCCUUUGAACAUGGAAGGAUAGAUCAUAAUGAAGCUAAUAGUUUGGGAGCCACGUGGCAUAAAAUGAAACAAAUAUGGAGUCAACAAAAUGAACUCUACCUAGAUGAUGGUCAAGUUAGCGACCAGCCACUUUUAAGAGCUCUCGUUCGCCAUGGCAAUAAUCCAGCACAGACUCCCAACUCCUUGGAGUUCAAGGAUAAAUGUUUAGAAGCAGCAGUCCAACAAGGGUCCUACAGUAUGGACACAGUGCAGUUUGAAGAACUCAUAAAGAAUAUGAGUCAGCUUAUUGAAACCGGAGAAGUGAAUGAUGACAUUGCAUCCCAAGUGAUCUAUGAGGUGGUCGCUGAGUUAGCAAAGGUUCAGCCUACAAGGGAGAAAUGGAGAGGAGCCCAACUAGAAUCUUCCACCACAAAAUUGAAAACUCAAAAUGUGUCUAGAGGUUUCGGCUCAAAAAACCCAAAAAGGCUAACCUUCAAGCAAAAAGGACUUGCUCUUAUGAAACAAAACAAAUUACCCACAGUUUCUUUUAAUAAAACAAUAAAUUCCAGGAUUGGAAGUCCAGUUUUUAUUACCCAAAGUACUGAGGUCAUCAACUUAUUCUGUGACCUUGUUAAAACUAACGAUGCUAAAUAUGCAUGGACCAAAGAUGGCGCGGUGCUACAACCCUCAGAAAAAAUCAUACUGGAUGGCACCAGAAAAGUACAAAUUCGGAAUCCUACAAGGGAAGAACAAGGUGUAUAUGGAUGUACUGUGGUUAAUCAUCUUGAUUCAGACAUAAAAACUUCCUCAGUGUUGUAUUCAGAGGUGCCUGUCAUCUCGACUGUUGCAAGAAAUUUCACAGAAUUGGAACAUGGCCGUCUGACCGUAAUUGUUGGUGGCACUGCCAAGGCAAGAGUAGGAGCCAACAUCACCAUUAGGUGUCCAGCAAAAGGUAUUCCUCAGCCUAAUAUUACUUGGUUAAAAAGAGGAGGAUCCCUGAGUGACAAUGCUUUCUUGCUUUUCAAUGGGUCCCUAUUGUUGAAGAAUGUUUCACUUGAAAAUGAAGGAACAUAUGUGUGCACAGCUACCAAUGCCCUUGGAAAAGCAAUAGCAGCAUCUGUUCUUCACUUGUCAGAACCAAGAUAUCCAGAUGUGAAAGUCAAUUUUUCCAAAGGGAACAAAAAGCAUGGUCUAAUGGCAUCCAACAUCAGUACAAGUAUCAGUGUAACAACUGGACAGAUGCUCCAUAUAGCAGAAUAUAAUUGGGAGCCUGGUGAAUGGACACACUGCUCUGCUACCUGUGGCAACCUGGGAAGCCGCAUUCAGAGACCCCAGUGCAUGACAACAAAAAGACAAAAAGUCAAUGAGACCUUUUGUGAUCACUUCCAGAAGCCACAGAAUCUAGUUCAGCCCUGCAACAGGCGGGAUUGCCCGCCGAGGUGGCUGACAAGUAAUUGGUCAGAAUGUUCUGUGUCAUGUGGUAAUGGAUUUCGCCUUCGUCAGAUAACUUGUGAACGGGUAAAAGCCAGUGGCAUUGUGCAAGCGAUGUCUCCAAAUGCUUGUGCCCCAAAAGAUCGACCUUUGGGCAGAAAACGUUGUUCAGGUCAAGCUUGUGGUGAAUGGGCAGUUCCACUAGGGAGCCAGUGUUUGUCUGGACAGUGUUUGGGCCGUGCCCAGGAGAUGCAGCGUCUGCCUGUGCUUUGUCAGCAUCACAAUGGCUCAGCAGUAUCUGACCUGGACUGUGAUGAAACAAAGAGAUCCAACAUGAGAAGAAACUGCUCCUCUGAGCCAUGUGAUGUGUAUUGGCGCACUGGCCCUUGGAGGCCCUGCACAGCUGCCUGUGGCAAUGGGUUUCAGUCCCGAAAAGUGGAAUGCAUACACCGAAAGAGUAGCCGACCUGUGGCAGUUCACCACUGUGGUUCUAGACAAAGACCGGUGACCUGGAAGCACUGCAGUGUCACUUCCUGCGCUAAAGGAGAAUGCAAGGACACAACUCACUACUGUACGUUUGUAAAGCAUCUAAACUUGUGCUCGAUAGACCUCUACAAACAAAGGUGUUGCCACUCUUGUCAAGAAGCAUAGCUCUGUGCAAAGUUCAUAGUGCUGCUAUGAAGAGGAAGAAGUUCUUUGCAUGUAGCUGGUUCCAAAGUAUGUAUUCAGUAUAAGACUCCAGGCUUAAAAGUUAAAUGGAUGUUGAUGCAGAAGCACCACAGUUAGAAUUUUAUAGAGUGGAAUUUUUUCCAUUAAUUUUUGGGGUUUUUUUCCUUGAUCAACAUUUCCAUGGUGAACUUUUAACAUUUAUGAUUUUUUUGUGUUGCUGUUCCAGAAUUUAAAAUACCAUAGCACAUAAUCCAUUGAACUGAAUAGGCCCUUGUCACAUGAUUGUAAUCAGGAAAACACUAUUAUCACCAAUGCAUCAAAUACUGCUCACUUCCUGUGAUUUGUAGGAAAUCAUAGUAGAUUAAUACAUCCUGAAGACUUGGGAAGUGCAGCAACUGAUGACUUUCUCAACUUCAUAAUUUUAGUGGGGUUUUUUUGGAAUUUACAAGGUACUGAAAUUUUAGAUACUCUGGCCAGUAGCAGUUAGGGUGGUGGUUGUGUCAUUGAUUGUAUUUUUCAUAGCUGGCUUUAAGAUUGGACUAUGAGGCAAACUCUCAGGAGGAUUUCUCAAGAUUGGCUGGUGGCUGGAUACAUAGUAUGGGAAAGCAUCUUGCAUCGCUCACCAGUGUUUAUGUCCCAAAUGGGAAAAAGCAUUCUUGACAGUCUUGCCAUUUUCCACUGCAGAAAUCUGUAUUUUUUUUUAAUCAGAGGAGGUGCUGCUUGGCUAGUUCCUAUCCUCUUCCACUCAGAUUGAAAUAUGACCAGAGGGAAGCUCUGCUUAGUCUUUUCUACUGAUUUUGAAUUAGACUCAAUGCUUCCUUAGAAGAGCUGUGAAUGACACUUUGGUAAGCACUAUUCUCUUGCACAUGACCAAAUAGGCUAUCAAAGCCUUAUCUGGCCCAUUUUGUGUCAGAUAUCAUUCCUCAGUAUUUUUUUUUCCAAUCCUGAAUCUAAAUAAUAAGGAAGUGGUGUUCUAAACAGGAAGCUGAAUUAAGAGGGAAACUAUUGAUCAUUUUCAUACACAUUGAGCUUCCCUCACUCAAAAAAAGGAACUCAAGCCUGUACGUUAUAAAUUCUAAACCUAACAUUGAAAGAGACUUCUCUACCAUCUUCCCAUAUAUAUUGCCAAUUCUAAGCCUGGUUGACCAAAAAAAAAAGUGGGGGUUGGGGGGGGCAUUGAAGGGAGAGAAGAGUUAUGGAUUCAGCAUUCAGAUGUCCCAGCCGUUUGAGCAAGGUGCCACAACUGCUCUGUUAACAUGCAACAUUUUACCCAUUUGUAGCCAUGAUGAAAUCUGAGGUAGGGGGAACAUCUCACUGUUUCUUGCCUCAGUGCCAGCAGGGGAUGUGCAUUUUGGCUUUUGAUUUCUUGGAGGACAGGAGCAGUUCACAGAGUUGGCACAUUGUAAUUUGGAAAGCCACAGGUCUCCUAGGCCAUAAUUUUUAUCAUCACUGAAAUCAAGAUGAGCACUACUGUAUUCCAAGGGCUUAGAAGGCAUAGCAUUUGGUGGCUGUGGGAGAGGAUACUCCAUAUGACAAGCUUUUUUUUCUUAAAUCAGUAAUGGGUCUUGACUGUUGAAACAGGUUUUUAAAUUAAAAGGACAAAGAACAUUUGUAAGAUAACUUUUGUAUAUAUUUAUUGUAUGAUUCUUAAAGUGCAAUAUUUUGUUUUGUACAGUGUGUAAUAAAGAUUAUGGAACAUAUAUUUUUCUUAUUACCAAGAAUUCAUAUUAAAUUACUUUGAUUUGUAUUUAAACUUUAAGAGUUAACAUUAAGCAUUUCUUGUUUUCUAUUAUAUCCUUUGGGUUGGGUUGAGUAUAUUCUUACAAUAAGGAAGCUGUGUUUAUUACCCUCAAAAUGACAUGCCUGUGUAGUAUAUUGACUACUGUUAAAGUAACAAGAAGUGUUCACCAUAUAUCUUUCAUGAAAACCGCUUCAGUAAUAAUUCAGAAAUAAAAUUGACUUUGGUUAUUCAGCUGCACCAUCAUUUAUGGAGAUUGUUUCUU